AAUUUCCAUCUUCAGUUUGUUCCUGUUCAGCCAAAAAAAAUGGCUCUAUUACGAACUUUUCUCUCUGAUACUACCCUCUCGAAAACGGUUCCCUUCCCUGAUAAUCUCACUAAUACAACACAAGCAAGAAGUAGAAGAAGAAGAGCAGGGACAUAUGUUUCUCUUUCAGUUGCAAACAUGUUCUCAGCUUCACAUACUGAUCUGGGUCAGAGAAGAAAGCUGAAUCAAGCAAGAAGGGGACUGAUCAAAUGUUCUGCAGUGACAGAGGCAGGUGGGUUUGUCUCUGUUGAUGGAAAGGAGGAAGGUGUAGAAACAGAAGAUGAUCACAAGGUUCUUCUAGGGUCUACCGUGGAGGAACAAGAAAUUGGAGAAAAGGCAGUUGUGGAUUACGAUUGGCGAGAGGAAUGGUAUCCUCUGUAUCUCGCCAGGGACAUUCCAGAUGAUGCUCCUUUGGGUCUCAAUGUCUUUGACAAGCAGAUCGUGAUUUACAGAGAUGGAUGUGGUGUUCUUCAUUGCUAUGAAGAUCGAUGCCCUCACAGAUUAGCAAAACUAUCUGAAGGUCAGUUGGUGGAUGGAAAAUUGGAAUGCCUCUAUCAUGGUUGGCAAUUUGAAGGCGAUGGUAAAUGUGUAAAGAUACCUCAGCUUCCAGCUGGUGCGAGCAUUCCUCGAUCAGCUUGUGUGAAGACAUACGAAGUGAGAGACUCUCAAGGAGUUGUAUGGGUAUGGAUGUCGGACAAGAACCCGGCAAACCCUGAUAAAUUGCCAUGGUUUGAAAACUUUGCUCGGCCAGGUUUCCAAGAUGUCUCCACCAUCCAUGUGCUACCUUACGAUCACUCAAUACUCCUUGAGAAUCUAAUGGAUCCAGCCCAUAUCCCAAUCUCACAUGAUAGGACAGAUUGGACUGCAAAGAGAGAAGAAGCACAACCACUACUGUUCAAGGUAACAGAGCGGACUGAUCGGGGCUUUGCAGGCCAGUGGGGCAGAGAAAUGGACCAAGGAAUGCCAAACUUUCUACGCUUUGAAGCACCAUGUGUUCUUCAGAACAACCGAGAGUUUGUUGACAAAAAUGGGCAGAAACAAUACUUCUCAGGUCUCUUUCUAUGUCGACCAGCAGGACAAGGGAAGUCCAUGCUCAUUGUGAGAUUUGGAGGAACUAGAAGAUCCCCCCUUAUAAAGUUAUUUCCUCAGUGGUACUUCCAUCAAAAUUCCAGUAAGGUUUUUGAGCAAGACAUGGGGUUCCUCUCAUCCCAAAAUGAGGUUCUUAUAAGGGAGAAGGUUCCCACUAAGGAGUUGUACCUUAACUUACGGUUUUCUGACACGUGGGUUACUGAGUACCGGAAGUGGAUGGAUAAGGUUGGGCAUGGGAUGCCAUAUCACUUUGGGCAUAGCACAAUCUCACUACCUAAAGAACCAGCUGUGCUGGAACAGGCACCAGCAGGGCUGGUUGCUGGGAUCUCUGCUUCUUUGCCAGCCAAGGGAGGAAUGGGAACAAUGCAUGCACCUAAUCCAGCCAACCGAUAUUUCCGUCAUGUCAUCCAUUGUAAGCUAUGUCGAAAUGCUGUGCAAGCUUUCCAAGCUUGGAAGAAUGCCCUUUCUAUCUUGGCAAUUGCUUCAACUGCAUUGGCCAUUCUAGUGUCUGGGAGACAGUGGAAGACCUUGUGCUUGGUUUCUACAACAUUAUUCCUUGCCGGGGUAUAUGCAUGUUCUACUGCAAUUGCAAUGAACACGACAAACUUCAUUAGGAAGCAUCGGCGAGUGUAAGACAGGAAUAUUUGUGUAAUUAAUUUCAUACAUUGUCAGCAGAUUUCAUUGUCACUCCAGGACUCUAUGACUGUGAAUCCAAUGUGUGUGCAUGUAAUCCAUUUAAAGAGUCCAUGAAACAAUGGUUUUUCCCUUUUGUGUCUAUAGUUCUGAAUAGCUAUAAGCUUAGCCUUGGUUUUGUUUAUC